AUGCCCCGUAUAAUGAUAAAAGGUGGGGUGUGGAGGAAUACAGAGGAUGAGGUUUUGAAGGCAGCAGUGAUGAAAUAUGGGAAAAACCAAUGGUCUCGUAUUGCAUCACUACUACAUAGGAAGUCAGCAAAGCAAUGCAAAGCUCGUUGGUAUGAAUGGCUGGAUCCAAGUAUAAAGAAAACAGAGUGGAGCCGUGAAGAAGACGAGAAACUAUUGCAUCUAGCAAAAUUGAUGCCAACCCAAUGGAGAUCCUUUGCACCUAUCGUUGGACGAACAGCAGCACAGUGUUUGGAACGUUACGAGUACCUGCUAGAUCAGGCACAGAAGAAGGGGGAUGGAGAGGACGCUGCAGAUGACCCACGCAAGUUGAAGCCUGGGGAAAUUGACCCUAAUCCAGAGACAAAACCUGCACGUCCAGAUCCCAAGGACAUGGAUGAAGAUGAGUUGGAGAUGUUGUCUGAAGCACGUGCACGACUUGCCAAUACGCAGGGAAAGAAAGCAAAGCGUAAAGCUAGGGAGAAGCAAUUAGAAGCAGCACGUAGGUUGGCAGCUUUACAGAAACGGAGAGAAUUGCAAGCAGCUGGAAUUGAGUUGGAACCUAGGAAGAAAAAGAAGCGUGGGCUAGACUAUAAUGCAGAAAUCCCAUUUGAAAAGCUCCCUCAACCAGGAUUUCACGAUACUAGCAAUGAGACAUUUGAGCCGGCAGCUCCUGAUUUUAGCCGACUUAGGCAGCAGCAUCUUGAUGGAGAGCUGAGAACAGUGAAGGAAGAGCGCGAGCGUCGUAAGGACAAGCAGAAAUUGAAGCAGCGGGAGGAGAAUGAUAUUCCUACGGCUAUGCUGCAGAAUCAAGAGCCAGCUAAUAAGCGCAGCAAGUUGGUUUUACCGGAACCUCAGAUAUCGGACCAGGAGCUGCAACAGGUGGUGAAACUGGGACGUGCGAGUGAGGCAGCCCGAGAAGUCGCUACUGAAGGCGGACACCAGCCUUCAGAUACACUGCUGGCUGAUUAUUCUCUGAUCCCUGCAGGGGGCCCUCGAACACCCCGUACUCCGGCACUCACAGCAGAUAGGAUCUUGCAGGAAUCUCAGAACAUGAUAGCUCUCACUCAUGUAGACACACCUCUUAAAGGAGGAUUGAAUACACCCUUGCAUAGCUCAGACUUCUCAUGCAUGACUCCACAACGGGAAAUUGUCACCACACCAAACACAGUGCUCGCAACUUCAUUCAGAAGCCAACGUAGUGAUGCACUUCAUCCUCCAGCUGGUGGGGGUUUCCAUACACCAAACAUAGAUGGCAGUAGGGGUGCUGUCGCACCUACACCCAUUCGUGACAAACUAAGCAUUAAUCCAGAAGAGGGGUUGGAUGUGAGGGAUACACCCCAAGCCAUGCAUAGUUAUCAGCGCCAGUUAAAAGAGCAGCUUCGGUCUGGGUUGAACUCUUUGCCUGUCCCAAGGAAUGACUAUGAGAUAGUUGUCCCAGAUUCUGAGGAAGAAAUUGAAGCUCCAGUAGACACUACGAACAUUGUAGAGGACCAAGCAGAUGUGGACACCAGAAACCUUGCUGAGUUGAAGGCCAAACGCGAACUGGAGAUGCAAAGUCGUUCCCAGCCAGUUCAGCGGGACUUGCCUCGACCAGUGGGAGUCAAUAUGGCAGUACUGCGUCCACCUCACACAGAACCCGCACUCACGGAACUACAGAAGGCUGAGGAAAUGAUAAAAACAGAAAUGAUCACAAUGCUACAUUAUGAUGCAGUCUAUUCACCACCCGUCAUACCAGCUGAAACCAAGAAGCGUGGUCAAGUGACAAGCCAAGCAGAGCAUUUAGCGUACCUUGAGCAGCAUCCCUUUGAGAACUACAGCCAGCAUCAACUAGCCCAGGCACACGCAAUAUUACAGCAAGAGAUGGAAGUAGUAAAACAAGGCAUGGGGCAUGGAGACCUGUCCUUGGAGUCGUACACUCAAGUGUGGGAGGAAUGUCUUGCACAGGUACUCUUCCUGCCAAGUCAAAAUCGGUACACACGUGCCGACCUAGCUAGUAUGAAAGAUCGUAUUGAGUCACAAAAAAAACGCUUGGAGCAGAACCGAGGCUGCAUGACACGUGAGGCAAAGAGGGCUGCCAAGAUGGAAAAUAAGCUGACAAUUCUUACAGGAGGCUACCAGUCACGGGCACACGCACUUAUAAAACAACUGGAUGAUUUGUAUGGGCAGAUAGAGCAGGCACAACUUGAACUGUCGACAUUCAAUUUCCUUCAGCGCCAGGAAAUGGCUGCCAUUCCACGAAGACUUGAGUCCCUGACAGAGGACGUUAGCAGGCAAACUGAACGAGAGAAGACAUUGCAGGCCAAGUUUGCUGAGCUUCAGCAAACAGUGGAACAGUUACAGCGCUGA